AUGGUUGGAGGAGGAGAAAAUGAAAAGAAGAUGAAAAUACUGUGCCUCCAUGGAUUCAGAACCAGUGGCAGUUUCAUCAAAAAACAAAUCAGCAAAUGGGAUCCUUCUAUUUUCUCUCAAUUCCAUAUGGAAUUCCCAGAUGGAAAAUUUGCUGCUGGAGGGAAAUCUGACAUAGAUGGCAUUUUUCCUCCACCUUACUUUGAAUGGUUUCAAUUCGAUAAGGAUUUCACUGAGUACACUAACUUGGAAGAAUGCAUCACAUACUUGACUGAAUACAUCAUAGCCAAUGGUCCCUUUGAUGGUUUUCUUGGGUUCUCUCAAGGAUCUAAGUUUAGAGAUCCUAGUAUAUGUGAUGUUGCAUACAAGGAUGUGAUCAAAGCUAAAUCUGUUCAUUUUAUUGGUGAAAAAGAUUGGUUGAAAAUUCCUUCUGAGGAACUUGCUUCUGCUUUUGAGAAACCUGUUAUAAUAAGGCAUCCUCAAGGUCACACUGUCCCAAGAUUAGAUGAAGUUUCUACUGAUUUGUUGAAAAAUUGGGUUGCCGAAAUCGUAACCGGAGAAAAGGUUGGUGUCUCAGUUUGUGAGCAUGAAAAGAAAGAAGAAGUUGAUAGUACCAACGGGAUGGAAAUAAACAUGGGAAAUGCUGAAACCGUAGUGGUGGCCCAAGCUUGA